AUGCCACCAGAACAGCGGAAUGAGACCUCGCCAGCUAUGGUCUUUAAGCCGUUCAAACCUCCUUUGUUAAGGAAAUCAUCACAGCCAUCCUCUAACUCUCCAUCCUCAGCUACACAUGCGGACCGCGACAGCCAUGGCCCGCCUGCAAAGAAGCCUCGUCUGGACGAGAGGAAACCAUUAGUCCAGGUCGAAAACCUCAGUGGCUCACCAGAGACGAGCACAAACGACUCGGCACAACCCCGAUACUUCAACGUUUUGUGGCGCAAGCCGACAACGAAAAAGAACAAAACAUGGGACGGCGACGGUACGCUCACCGCGCGCGACGGAUACGUCUACCUGCAAGAUGUCUCGGGGAAAGAUAUGGGUCGAACAAUGCACGGCUCGCGACUUGAGCCCGGCGUGAUGCUGUCAAUCAGCGGGAAGGAAGUCGAGAUUGAGUCGGAGAUACCCCGGAAAGAGUACUUGUCCGGGAAGCAAUUUCUACAGACCAGGGAGAUCCCUUCUCCAGCGACGGCUUCCGUGCCGAAGAAGACGACUGGGACGGGUUUGGGUCGGAAAACCAGUUCUUCGACAUUGGCUGCGUCUGGUGUCCCAGACCCCGCGAAGCAUUCAAAGAAAGAACGGAUCGCUAACCCUGCAUCUUCGAGACCUGGUAUUCUAUCCAAUGCGUUCAAGAACCCCCUCCGGGAAAGCACUGCGGCGCCCAUCGCUCCCGUCGCUUGUCCUGUGCCGCGACACGACCCAACCCAGCCAGGCGCGCUGGUGAUGCCGCGGCCGUCCUCCGUGCCGAAGGGGAAGCAGAUCGUGGAUGUGGUCGUGGACCCCAUCCUGGCGAAGCAUCUGCGCCCGCAUCAGCGGGAGGGGGUGAAGUUUCUCUACGAGUGCGUGAUGGGGAUGCGGGAUUUCAACGGCGAAGGGGCGAUUCUAGCGGAUGAUAUGGGACUGGGGAAGACGCUGCAGACCAUUACGCUUCUGUGGACGCUGCUGAAGCAGAACCCAGUGUACGAGAGUCCGCCGGUGGUGAAGAAGGCGCUGAUUGUGUGCCCUGUCACGCUGAUCAACAACUGGCGCAGGGAGUUUCGCAAAUGGCUCGGCAACGAGCGGAUAGGCGUCUUCGUCUACGACGACAAGCGCAAGCGCCUGACGGAUUUUACUAUGGGCCGGGCGUAUAAUAUUAUGAUUGUCGGGUAUGAGAAGUUGCGGUCUGUGCAGGAGAACCUCGCCAAAGGCGCUGGGGUCGACAUUAUCAUCGCGGAUGAGGGCCACCGGUUGAAGACGCUGCAGAAUAAAAGCGGGCAGGCGAUUCAGUCGCUCAAUGCAAACAAGCGGGUGAUCCUUUCGGGGACGCCGAUCCAGAACGACCUGAAGGAGUUCUUCGCUGCUGUGGAUCUUGUCAAUCCGGGUGUCCUGGGGACGUUCAAGUCUUUCAUCCGGGAGUUUGAAGGGCCCAUCGUGCGGAGAAGACAGCCGGAGGCGACGGAGAAAGACAUCGAGAAAGGCGAGGCCCGGAAUGAAGAGCUCCGAGAGCUGACGUCGAAGUUCAUUCUGCGCAGAACGGCGGAUAUCCUGGCUGAUUAUCUGCCGCCAAAGACGGAAUAUGUCUUGUUCUGUGACCCGACGCCGACGCAGGCGAAUAUCUAUCAGAAUGUGCUUGCGUCGCCGGUGUUUCAGAGCGUGAUUGGCAACGCCGAAAGUGCUUUACAGCUUAUCACUAUUCUGAAGAAACUAUGCAACAGUCCGUCGCUUCUGUCACCGAAAAACAACAAAGACCAGGCGCCCAGCGAGACUGUUGCUGCUCUGUUAGCUUCAUUGCCGUCAAAUUUGCUCAGACACUUUUCCCCUUCAUCCAGCGCGAAAGUUCGUGUGCUGGACCAGCUGCUGUACAAGCUGCAUACAACCACAUCGGAAAAGAUUGUGCUUGUCUCUAAUUACACCUCUACCCUGAACCUCCUUGCAACCCUUCUCACCGCCCUCUCCCUACCAUUCCUCCGUCUUGAUGGUUCGACUCCCGCGCAGAAGCGACAGUCCCUCGUUGAAGACUUCAACCGUCUUCCGGCUGACCGAUCCUUCGCAUUUCUCCUAUCCGCCAAAGCCGGUGGCACGGGGUUGAACCUCAUUGGGGCCAGUCGUCUGGUGCUGUUCGAUGUUGACUGGAAUCCGGCCACUGAUAUCCAGGCUAUGGCGCGAAUCCACCGCGAUGGCCAAAAACGAGCUUGUCGGAUCUACCGCAUCCUGCUGAAAGGUAGUCUUGAGGAGAAGAUCUGGCAGCGUCAGGUCACGAAGCUUGGGCUUGCGGACAGCGUCAUGGAGCACAAGGACGGCAUGGCGCAGUUUUCCCGCGAUGAGCUGCGGGAUCUGUUCAGAUUGGAUCAGGAGAGCCGGUGUCAGACACAUGAACUGCUUGGUUGUGAUUGCGGCGGGAGAGGAGUCAAAUCCGCCUCGCCGGAUCGUCGAGCCGAGCCCAUAGUGGACUCGAAUGGAAGCAGCUCACCGUGUGUGAUCGACUCAGCAGACGAAGAUGAAGACUUCCCCGACCUGCCGUCGCUCAUCAAAGCGUCGGAGGUAGACAUGGAGAAACAGGAGCAGAUGAUCCGAAGCCGACGUGGCAAGCCUCCCGUCCGCAGGACCGGCGAGAAGGCGAGCACGAGCGGUAAUGGAAAGCCUGAUAAUAAGAAUAAGAUGCAGCAAUCACUUUCACAUUAUGUGCAUAUCGACCCUCAUCUGCUUGGUGGGGAUGGAUCUGCGGAGAUCGAACAGGCGGUCGAUGACGAUGUGCUGCUGUCGGUGUUGAAAGGGGAGGGCAAUAAGAUUGGGUUUAUCUUUAAGAAGUCGCGAGAGGCUGAGGCGAAGGAUGGGGAUGCUUCGUCGCCGGUGAUCCUGGGGAUGACUCCCUUAUGUUCUGCCGACGUCAAUUUGAUCAUGUUUUUACUGAAGUAUAUCAUCACGUGUGAUUGCACUAUAAAUGCAUCCUGCCCCCUUCUACGUACCUCCCCGUACCUCUAUCUAUUACUUCCCAUUCAUCCUCGCGCAAAGCGCUGCGCCUAUAUCAUGACGAUGGAGAAAACGUCAAAGAUCAAGACCCGAUUCCUCAUCCUCUCAGACACACACGGUCUCGACCUUAGCGAGCACCUUACGAACCAACACGCAGAUGUCGUACUCCACUGCGGCGAUAUUACUACCGAAUCCAAGCUCGACGAGUUCGACGCUUCCCUGCACAUGCUCGAGAGCAUCAACGCCCCUCUCAAACUGGUUAUAGCCGGGAAUCACGACUUCACCCUCGACACACUGACCUUCCAGGAAAAGGUCACAAAGGCCGGCCUGUCGGAGGGUGCUGAUCGUGACUUGGUGAAUACCGUGUACGGCGACUUCGGCGACGCGAAAAAGCUCUUAAUGAAGGAACACACAAAAGGAAUCAUCCUAUUAGACGAAGGGACUCACACAUUCACUUUGCAGAACGGUGCGUUAUUGACAUUAUACGCCAGUCCAUACACCCCUUCCCUUGGCGACUGGGGGUUCCAAUAUCACCCAGAUCAAGGCCACCGCUUCGAUAUCCGCGACGUGGACGUGGUGAUGACGCAUGGUCCUCCGAGGGGCAUAAUGGAUGUUGCGGAUUCCGGAAGCAGGGCCGGUUGUUCCAGCCUGUAUGCCGCUGUCGCGCGGGUUAAGCCCUUGAUGCAUUGCUUCGGUCAUAUCCACGAAGGCUGGGGGGCGAAGAUAGUAGCAUGGCGACGGCAAAUCGGCGAGACCCCGUCGCAUUUGACGGAUAUUGAUAAUGGGAAAUCGGUCGUUAUCGAGAAACUCUCGGGCAUCUGUCCGGGUGCGAUGAGGACGUGUCAGACAAGCCACUGCUCUGGUGAUCCUGUUCCAUUGCAACGGGGUGCGCAGACGCUGUUUGUCAAUGCUGCUAUGGAGGGUACCAUUGACCAUCCUGUACAUCCAUCGUGGACUGUUGAUAUAGAACUGCCUAGAGCUAGCGCUGCAACUUUGUAG